UUCCACUGCAGCUGGCAUAAACCCUGUUCUUGGUCUACCCGCCAAGGGCCCAUAGACGUGAGCGCGCUGGCGCCGAACGGAGAAGUGCGGUGCCCCGGGCCGGGGGCUCCUGUGAACCGGCCCCUGCUGCCGCUGCUGCUGCUUCUGCUCCUGCUGCCGCUGCCCGCCGGGGCCUGGUACAAGCACGUGGCGAGUCCCCGCUAUCACACCGUGGGUCGCGCCUCGGGUCUGCUCAUGGGGUUGCGCCGCUCGCCCUACCUGUGGCGCCGUGCCUUGGGUGGGGCCGUUGGACCGCUCUCCCCGGACUCUCUGGUCCCGGGGCGGGUCGCCGGCAGCGCUCUCCUCCUGCUUCCUUCGCCGGUGCAGGAGCUGUGGGAGGCACGACGCAGAAGCUGGCGGGCUGGCCCUCCCGUCUAUGCGCCCCGGAUUCCGCGGGACCUGGAGCGAGCCCGCCAAACGGAGCAGUCGCUGAGGCGCCGGUCCUGGAUCUCAGCGGAGUCCGCUAGAGCCCUCGGAGAGACGCUUCGCGCCCAGCCAUGGUUCCUGCAGCACAUCCUCAUUGCCGACCGUGUCAGGCUCCAGGACCGGUCCAAGAAUUUAUGGCGCCCCCAUGCCUGACCUGGGCUGGCGCAGUCACGGCUGCUUCCAGGGAGGGCAGCUUACAGCUUCAGUCAGGCCUCGUGGUCUGGUCUGGUCAAUAAAACCAACUUGA